GUCGACAGCCGGAAUUACUUCCGGGGCAACAAUGGCCAUGGCUGCUGUACCCACUUGGUGCCGAUUUCAAAUACUCAUGGGUAGAUUGAAGAGUAUUGCAUUGAAUACGAGUAGUCGAUAUUACAGUGCUUCGGGUAUCCAGGAUAACCAGGCCCAGAAAGAAAAGAGCCACCCAGCCUAUGAGGUUUCUACAGAAGAGUUCAAGUUUGUUGAGACACUGUUGCCCAGAGAGACAGUCCCUGAUCCACCAGUACAUGAAUCCUACCCGACUCCAUCAGGAUGGGUACCCCCAGCUGAAAAUCAAUCACCCAUGAAGUAUUUUGUGAAGCGGACCAAGAACCACAUGCUGCCACUGUACAUGCAGACCACUCAUGCUGGCAACAGGCACAUGGUGAUGAUCAGGAAGGUGGAGGGGGAUAUCUGGGCCUUUGAAUCUGACAUUCGACAGCAUCUGGAAAAAGUGUCGGGAAAGAAAGUUGCAGUUCAGGUGCAUGAGGUUGGGAGAUUUAUCCGGUGAAGGGGCUUCUUCAGGAUGAAGUAGCAGCGUUUCUGUUAGAGAAAGGAUUUUGAGUGAAUGUUUGUUAAAUGUUUUGAGUGAAUAAAAUGUCAUGUUUAAAUCAA